AUGAAGUCUUUCUCUGUGAUCACACUCCUCUGCACUCUUGCCACCGCUGCAGUUAUCCCUCGAGAUACUGUCUUUGACGGCCACUGCUGCUUCACACUACAUGACGUAGCCAGCGGUGCUGCAGUGCAAGAAAACAGCAAUGGAAACUUGCUUCUCAACGCUGGCGCCACCAACGGCUUCUUCUGCAUUGACCUGUCCAAUUCGCAAAACAUUCUGCGAGACCGCGCUUUCAAUGCCUGUUUCCUGAACCCCAGCGGCGAGGUCAAAUGCAUCGACCCAACACCCGGCUUCGAGUCUUGGACAUUGAAGAAGAGCGGCAGCAAUACUGUCCUUCAUCGUGACGGUGCAACCGCUUUCAACUCAUGCUCCAAGACUUCAACAAGUUCAAAGGGAACGGUGCUCUUUGGCGAUAAGCAUGAUGGUGCUUCGACGUGCAAGAAGACCACGCUGAAGGUGAAGAAUUUGAAGGGGGCAUGCAAGAACCUUUGA